AUGGGAAAUUCUCAGAGUGCGCACAAGAUUUCCGCGCAGGAUAGGGCCAUCCUGGACAUGAAAAACCAACGUGACAAACUGCGUCAAUAUCAGAAACGGAUCACCGUGAUAACGAACCGCGAGACCGAAAUCGCCCGAGAAUGCCUGGCCAGGGGCGAUAAGUCCAAAGCCCUCCUCGCGCUGCGGCGUAAGAAGUACCAAGAAUCCCUCCUGUCCAAGACAGACGCGCAACUCGAGCAGCUCGAGAAAUUGACCAGCAGCGUCGAAUUCGCACUCGUCCAGAAAGACGUUUUGUUCGGCCUUCAACAAGGCACGCAGGUGCUGAACAUGAUACACAAGGAGAUGGGCGGCCUCGAGGGCGUGGAGAAGAUGAUGGCCGACACAGAAGAGGCACGCCGGUAUCAAGAAGAGAUCAGCGAGGCGUUGGCCGGGCAGAUGUCGAAUGAGGACGAAGACGAAGUCGAGGAUGAACUCGAGGCUAUGGAGAGAGAAAUCACGGGCGUGAGCGCCUUGCCUGAUGCGCCCAACAAGACCGUCCUGGGAGAAGGAAGCCUGCCUGAUGCGCCGCAAACGGAACUGGAAAGGUUGCAGAAGCAGAAAGAACGGGCAAAGCAGAGACGAAUUGCGCUCGAGGCGGCAUGA